UGUGGUUGGACUGAAAGGAUAUUGCAGUGGUAGCUUUGAACUUCUCCAAACCGCUCUACCCGAUAAAUUUCCCCCUUUUUUCUCUAUCUCGUCAGAGAGUUUUGCGUGUGUGAUCACCGGUGCCAUCUCUCCUGCAACAAUUACUGGUUUUCUUACGCCAAUGAGUAGUGGGGGUUCACCUUACCGGAGACACCGGAAGGAUGUGGAGUCCGGUGGUAGUGGAGGUUUCCAGGACUAUGGGUCGGUUUGUGAUCCUUUUGACAUUGUUAGUACCAAGAGUGCGUCGGUCGACCGCCUUAAAAGAUGGAGGCAAGCGGCACUUGUGCUGAAUGCUUCCCGUCGAUUUCGAUACACCUUGGAUUUGAAAAAGGAGGAAGAGAAAAAACAGAUUAUAGCGAAGAUCAGAACUCAUGCACAAGUCAUACGAGCUGCCUAUCGCUUUCAAGCAGCAGCUGGUUCUGAACCAGAAGGUGCCCAGAAAGCACCUCCAUCCCCCAUUCCUAUCGGUGAUUAUAAUGUUAGUCCGGAACAACUUGCUUCAAUGACAAGAGACCAUGAUUUCUCUGCUUUGCAGAACUUUGGAGGGGUUAAAGGAGUGGCAGAAAAGUUGAAGACAAACCCUGAUAAGGGAAUUCAUGAUGAUGAGUCUAAAAUAUUGGAGAGGAAAAAUGUAUUUGGGUCAAACACAUACCCACGAAAGAAGGGACGAAGCUUUUGGAGGUUUGUGUUUGAUGCUUGUCGAGAUACCACCUUGAUCAUCUUGAUGGUAGCUGCUGCUGCUUCUUUGGCACUAGGUAUAAAGACAGAGGGGAUCAAAGAAGGAUGGUAUGAUGGGGGAAGCAUAGCUUUGGCUGUUAUAAUCGUCAUAGUCGUUACAGCCAUAAGUGAUUAUAAACAAUCACUCCAAUUUCAAAACUUAAAUGAGGAGAAGCAGAACAUACAAUUGGAGGUCAUGAGAGGUGGAAGGAGGGUGAAUAUUUCAAUAUUUGAUAUUGUUGUGGGAGAUGUCAUACCCCUAAAAAUUGGUGAUCAGGUUCCAGCUGAUGGGAUUUUAAUUUCUGGUCAUUCCCUUGCUAUGGAUGAAUCAAGUAUGACCGGGGAGAGUAAAAUCGUUCAUAAAGAUCACAAAUCACCAUUUCUAAUGUCUGGAUGCAAGGUGGCUGAUGGAUAUGGUACUAUGCUGGCCACUAGUGUUGGAAUAAAUACAGAAUGGGGAUUGCUUAUGGCUAGCAUCUCAGAAGAUAACGGCGAGGAAACACCAUUGCAGGUGCGCUUAAAUGGAGUGGCGACAUUUAUUGGUAUAGUUGGGCUUGUGGUAGCUGUAUUUGUUCUUGUCAUCCUCCUCAUCAGGUUUUUUACUGGACAUACGAGGGAUGCAGAGAGGCGUGUAGAGUUUAUUGCUGGCAAAACUAGUGUUGGGGAUGCUGUCGAUGGUGCAAUAAAAAUUUUCACUGUUGCAGUCACUAUCGUUGUUGUUGCGGUACCUGAAGGGCUUCCAUUAGCUGUUACCUUAACGCUUGCAUACUCGAUGCGGAAAAUGAUGGCAGACAAAGCAUUGGUUAGGAGGCUAUCUGCUUGUGAAACAAUGGGUUCUGCGACUACAAUUUGCAGUGAUAAAACAGGAACCUUGACAUUGAAUAAGAUGACCGUGGUUGAGGCUUAUAUUUGUGGGAAGAAAAUCGAUCCGCCAAGCAGCAAGUCCGAAUUACCUUCAAGGGUUGUAUCUCUUCUCAUUGAAAGUGUAGCUCAGAACACAACUGGCAGCGUAUUUUUGCCUGAGGGAGGUAGUGAUGUCGAGAUUUCUGGAUCACCAACAGAGAAGGCCAUUCUUCAAUGGGGUGUUAAACUCGGAAUGAACUUCGAGGCCGUUAGGUCGGAGUCUUCCAUUAUUCAUGCAUUUCCCUUCAACUCAGAGAAAAAACGAGGAGGUGUUGCGGUGAAAUUGCCUGAUAAUGAAGUUCAUGUACAUUGGAAAGGGGCCGCUGAAAUCGUCUUAGCUGCAUGUACGAGAUACAUGGAUGAUAAUGAGCAGCUUGUUGCCCUGGAUGAAGCAAAGGUAGAAUUUUUUAAAAAGGCGAUUGAAGAUAUGGCAGCUGGAAGUUUGCGGUGUGUUGCUAUUGCCUACCGACCAUGCGAAGGGGAAACUGUGCCAACAGAUGAAGAUGAACUGGCACAGUGGGAAUUGCCCGAAGGCGAUCUUGUUUUGCUAGCGAUAGUUGGUCUGAAGGAUCCUUGUCGGCCGGGUGUCAGAGAGGCUGUCGAACUGUGCGUAAAGGCUGGCGUGAAGGUAAGAAUGGUGACUGGCGACAAUCUUCAAACAGCAAGAGCAAUAGCGUUAGAAUGUGGAAUCCUAGCGUCGAAUGCAGAUGCGACAGAACCAAACCUAAUUGAAGGGAAAUCAUUCCGUGCUUUGACUGAAGGGCAAAGGCUAGAAGUAGCUGAUAAGAUAUCGGUGAUGGGGAGGUCUUCUCCUAACGAUAAAUUGUUACUUGUGCAAGCACUGAGGAAGAGAGGUCAUGUUGUUGCUGUAACUGGAGACGGAACUAAUGAUGCCCCUGCAUUGCACGAGGCUGAUAUUGGUCUUGCUAUGGGCAUCCAAGGAACAGAAGUUGCAAAAGAAAGCAGUGAUAUCAUUAUAUUGGACGACAAUUUCGCUUCAGUUGUAAAGGUUGUUCGUUGGGGAAGAUCUGUUUAUGCAAAUAUACAGAAAUUUAUCCAGUUUCAGCUUACUGUGAAUGUUGCUGCUCUUAUAAUUAACGUUGUGGCCGCAGUUUCUUCAGGCGAUGUCCCCCUAAAUGCAGUGCAGCUACUUUGGGUGAAUCUUAUCAUGGAUACUCUGGGUGCACUUGCACUGGCCACUGAACCACCGACUGAUCAUCUCAUGGACCGACAUCCCGUUGGCCGCAGGGAACCUCUUAUAACAAAUAUUAUGUGGAGGAACUUGUUAAUACAGGCUUUUUAUCAAGUGUCGGUUCUCCUUGUACUCAAUUUCCGUGGGAGACAACUCCUACAUUCGGAGCACGACCCUGCUGAGCAUGCUAUCAAAGAGAAAAACACUCUCAUUUUCAACGCUUUCGUCCUUGCUCAGGUAUUCAAUGAAUUUAAUGCACGAAAGCCUGAUGAAAUGAAUGUUUUCAAAGGAGUUACUAAGAAUCGCUUAUUUAUGGGAAUUGUGAGCCUUACUGUGGUUCUUCAAGUCCUUAUAAUCAUGUUCCUCGGGAAAUUUACAACAACCGUAAGGCUGAGUUGGCAAUUGUGGCUAGUCUCUAUUGUGAUUGGCAUUAUCAGUUGGCCUCUUGCUGUUGUUGGGAAACUUAUCCCCGUCUCCGAGAAGCCCUUCAGCGAAUAUUUUACCGACAUAUUUGCAUCCUGCAGACGGCGUGGAAACAGAGGUGGAUACGAGGAUGAUGCUUGAAUACAAAGGGCGGGCAGGAUCUUGGAAGGUUAUCGUUUCCGUUUUACCAUCAUGUUUGCUCUUCUGGACAUAGUCAAAGGCUAACCGUAACUCCUAACAAUACACCAGAGUUUUGAGGAGGAUAUAAAUCAAGAAGAUGAAGUGGUUUUCAGUUGUGAAUGAUGUUAUUACCAUUUUUUGUCAUUUGAUGCAUUUUCUUCCUUCCUUCUGCACAGAGCCUAAUCCGAACAAAAGCUGUACAUGUGUGAACAAAAGCUGUACAUGUGUGUGGGUGUAGUAGUGUGUUUUCUAUAUAAAUUGAUUGUGUUUUCAUGACU